CUGUUACAACUCCGGAUAUAUUAUCUUUGAAACCAAGUUUAUGACUUUGCAACAGCAUCAAGAUGACCUUUCCUGAUUGAAAACUUUGUAGAGACAAAGAAACGUCUCACUUUGUCCUUCGGAUCUACAGCUCCUUUACUCCACUCUUCGUUUCACUUCAGAAUUGCCUCAUUUACAAGCAGCUUAUGCAGCUCGACUGACGUCAGUGGAGCGGUGUGUGAUGUAUAUAACCAUUGAGCUCCAGGAGCUCCACUCCACUCCAGCCUGUCUGCAAACACUCUUCCUUACAAGUACUUUUAAAGCAACAGAAGACGACCGAGAAGCGCGCGGCUGUGUCCAGCAUGAAGCCCGUCCCUUUGGUCCUGCUCAUUACUUCAGUCUUACUGACCACCCACGUUCCGCUGAGCACCUGCCGACCCCGUGAUUUAAACCUCAUAAACAACCAGCUGGACGACGUGCUCUUAAACAGGGCUGGAGACGACGCCAUGUCCUACCUCCUUCUGUAUUUGCAAAGAAAUCUAGGAGCGCAGAAGGCAGCCGAUGUCCUGCAUCUCCAGCACUUCUCCACGCCGCAGCUGCGCUCUGACAACAGCUUAGAGGAGCUCACGGAGUUUUCCAAACGGAACGACGAUCCUCCGAUCUCCAUCGACCUCACCUUCCACCUGCUGAGAAACAUGAUCGAAAUGGCGCGGAUCGAGAAUCAAAGGGAACAGGCGGAACUGAACCGCAAAUAUCUAGAUGAGGUUGGGAAGUAGCUGUAGCUCAGUGAUGAUGCUUUCUAUCGGCGAGUAAAGAACAAGCUCAGUGCACUCUUUCACAUCCCCAAACUCUUGCUAAACAUAUGACUUUCACCGAUGCCUCCUGUUCGAGCCACACUUAGAAAUAAAGGUUCUUCAGUGGUUCCUUGCCACUGCAAAUAACCCCCUUCUCGUUCUUGAGUUGGCUGAGGUUCCUUGGAGAUGAAAAAUAUAGCUUCUUCAGAUGAUGCUAUUGGUUUCUGGUGUCCUUCAGAAAAAGAAAAAAAAAAUUCUUCAAAAAGGUCCCUUGUGGCACCAAGGUUAUGUAGAACCUUUAUUUUUAAGAGUGGCAUGUAUAUGUUCACCAGAAGAGUUUCUGGUGACCUGCUGCUGUCUCCAUCACUUCUGGACCAUUUCAGAACCAGGAACCAAGAGCCACAACAGACCUACCAGGACCUCAAAAUACUGCCCACGGCAAAUGAUCAGUCAGGCUGGUUCACAUGUAACCAAAUCAAGAAUCCAAUCAAUCUACAAUUGACUGGUGCCCUUUAAGUGUUUACAGUUACUGGCCUCCUAAUUAGAGUUACACUCCUAAAGGUUCUUAAUUGGCAUCUAUGGUUCCAUAA